AUGCGGCAGACGCCGAGACGCCGCCUCCAACUCAACUCUCCGUCGCCUCCCAACCGGAGCUCCCUCCUCCACUCACACGACCGUUGUCGUCUCGGAGUUCUCCAUCCACGAAAGCCUCAUGAAUCUCCGAUCUCCGCCGUCCUGCAGUCUCUCUCCGAUGAGACACACGAAGGUGGAUUCCGGUUCUCCGCUGUCCCGAAACCCCUCUCCGACAAACCACCGGUGCUCCGUCACCACCAUCCUCUGUCGACUGUAGAUCUCUUACGGGCAUCACCUCACACCCUUAAACAUCUUGAAUCUCCACUUUCCGCCGUUCUGCAGUCUCUCUCCGAUGCUUUCCAGGCGCCGUUGCCUCGAUCAAAACUUCCGCCCCUUUCUGGUCGGUUCCUCUCUUCCUCUCAAGCACCUUCGUCGACCGUCGGACCCAGUGGGCUCUCUCCAAAUCAGGUUAUAUGGAGUGAGUCAACAAUGUCUUCUAGAGAGGGGGUGGCUUCCAAAGUUUUGCAGGAGACAGGUUGUGUUCUCAGCCAGCCAUAUAACGAUGGACGCAUUAUAAGUGGUCAGGGCACAAUUGAAUUGGAACUGUUAGAGCAAGUUCAAGAUAUCGACGCUGUAAUUUUACCGAUAAGUGGAGGUGGUUUGAUCUCUGGUGUGGCUAUUGCUGCCAAAUCGAUUAAGCUGGAUUAUAGCAGCUGA